UUAAGCGCGGUAUGGUGACGGUCGCUGAGUGUUUGAUUAGGGGAAAAAUGGUGUCUAGGUUUGAGCGCGGAAAUCUCUGAGGGAAGAAGAAAGUAUUCGUACAAAGAUACGGAUGUAGGAUUUUGAAAUCGAGAUAGAGUGUGAAAGAUGGCUCCAUUUGACAGGGAAAUUGAGAUAGAGGAACAGCUUAAGGAGGCUGGCAACAUGCUUGUUACUCCACCGUCCUCCAUUGAUAAUCUUCUUAAACUUUUAGAUAGGGUUGAGCAUUUGCUUGCAAAUGUUGAGCAAGCACCUUCCAGAUCAAUGCAGAAUGCCUUGUUGCCCUCGAUGAAAGCAUUAAUUUCUACUGACCUUUUGGGACACUUAAACAUGGAUGUGAGGGUUUCAGUUGUGUCCUGCAUUAGUGAGAUUACAAGAAUAACAGCACCAGAUGCUCCGUACAAUGAUGAACAAAUGAAGGAAAUCUUUCAUUUAACUGUAGCUGCUUUUGAAAAUUUAUCUCAUGCGUCUAGUUGCUGUUAUAAGAAAGCUAUAUCAAUUCUUGAUACUGUUGCAAAAGUUAGAUCUUGCUUGGUGAUGUUGGAUCUGGAGUGUGAUGCAUUGAUUAUUCAGAUGUUCCAAUGUUUCUUCAAAAUUAUUGGGUCCAAUCAUCCGCAUACUGUAUUUUUGGCCAUGGAAACAAUAAUGACGUUGGUUCUAGAUGAAAGUGAAGAUAUUGCCUUUGAUCUUCUUCAUCCUCUUUUGGCGAGUGUAAGAAAGGAAAAUAAGAUCACUUUGCCUAUGUCGUGGAAGUUGGGGGAGAAAGUUCUUUCUAACUGUGCUCGUAAACUUAGACCAUACUUAAUGGAAAUGGUGCAAUCUACUGGCAUAACCUUGGAUGAGUAUUCACCACUGGUUGCUUCCAUCUGCAAAAGUGAAUCCAAUAACCUUGAGCAUCAUAAUGUCAAUGAGUCGGGGGAAAUUUUGGUACAGUACUCCUUUUUUUUUUUAAUUUUUUUAAUGCAAAUCUCCUAUCUGA